AUUAACGUCAAUGGCCCGGCGGGCCUUGAACAUUAAAAAUAGCUCAAGCGCAGGAAGGAUGUGGUUUUAGUUCGUCCAAAUGCGUUCCUCACAGUUGUUUGUUCCUAAGCAACAGAGGCGCCUCGCGCGUGCGUCAUUUCCUCCAAAGCGCCUGUGUUGGUAUCUCACUACGGACUCAGUAGUAGCGACAAGAAAUCCGAGCGAGACGCACUGACCACGCGCGCACCUUCUCCUAGCGCCUCUGCCAAACUUCAAACCUUUUGUUUAGCUUUUUUCUCCGCGAAGGACGCCUUUCACCACCCGGUUCUCAGCGUGCAUCGUGUUACCCAAAGGAUUAAAGUCACUAUUAAGGACGUCAAAUCCUCGCGGGACUUAAUUCGGGUUUGUUGUUUGCCUCUGGAAAGAACUGUUGACUUUUCCCCACUAUAAGUGGCAUUCAAAGUGAUUACAAAACAAAUUUUAUUAAAAACGAAAAUUUUGGGAACUGUACUGCACUAAUUAGUUUCUCGUGCUGUUAUCUUGAGCGCGCGCUCACUCGCUCGCAAACGAAGCCUUGACUCGGCAUGGCUGGACUCACCACGGGUUUAACGCACGAAUCGCGAUGCAUUUCUGUUUUUAGAAAGAGAAAGUGACCGUGCUCCGUUCCUAAUGCCUGAUGUGAAAUCCCCCUGUGGUUUCCAGGUGUCUGAGAAUGAGCACGGAUCUGGAGCGCGCUUCCCUCAAGUCGGGCGCGAACUCGCUGGGCUCCGGUGGCCGCACACUCUCCGUUAACGUCAAGAAGUUGCACAACGCGCUCAACGUGCUGCUCAACGACUUCGAGAGGGAGCAGUUUAUCCACUGUCUUAACGUUUACCACGCCAAGCGCAAUGUCUUCGAUCUCGUGCAGACUCUCAAAGUCAUUCUCAACACCCCCCACAAGCGCCAACUGUUACCCAUGCUGCGCCUGGUCAUUCCCCGCUCGGACCAGCUGCUGUUCGACCAGUACACAUCAGAAGGGCUUUAUCUGAAAACGGAUUUGCUGGCGGCUAGUGUCAAACAUGAGUGCUCGGAAGACCUCAGCAGCACGAACGCGCACGCAGGAGCUUCCUCGGUGCACUUUGCGCCUCAGUCUGAUCAGGCCGGUCCCAGCCACGGCUCUCUGCGCCCGGCUUCUGUUUUCAGCACCUCUGCUGAAGGGACAGCGCCCGCACUCAUGCUGGAAGCGCCGAGCGAAAUCCGCCAGGUGACCCUGAAACGAAGCAAGAGUCACGAAGGCCUGGGAUUCAGCAUUCGGGGUGGGUCGGAACAUGGAGUUGGCAUCUAUGUGUCCUUAGUGGAGCCAGGGUCGUCCGCUGAGAGAGAGGGGCUGAGAGUUGGAGACCAGAUCAUGAAAGUCAACAACGUGGUGUUUGAUCGAGUCACUCAUGGAGAGGCAGUCAAGGUCUUGAAGGGCUCGAAGAAGCUGUCGAUGUCAGUCUGUUCGAUGGGGCGGAUCCCAGGUGGUUAUGUGACCAAUCACGUGUACACAUGGGUAGACCCUCAGGGCCGCAGUGUGUCUCCUCCUCCAGACCUGGUGGAGCAGCACAGCUUAGGGGGAAGACUCUCGGACCUCCACACAAACACUGAGAAAAAGGUGAAUAUCUCACUGGAUGAUGGCCGAUCUUUGGGUCUGAUGAUCCGAGGUGGUGCUGAAUACGCUCUGGGCAUUUAUAUUACUGGAGUGGACCGAGGCUCUGCUGCCGAGUACAGCGGACUGAAGGUAGGGGAUCAGAUUUUGGAAGUGAAUGGACGUAACUUCCGGAGCAUCUGUCAUGAUGAGGCCGUUCAGAUCUUGAAAAAUUCACGCCACAUGCUGAUGACCAUAAAGGACGUGGGCCGACUGCCUCAUGCUCGCACUGUGGUGGAUGAGACCAAAUGGAUCCCCAGCGCGCAGAUCGCUGAGAGCUCAGCCAACAGCAACAGCCAGAGUAUUCUGUCUGUUGAUGUCGGAACAGGAAGUUUAGGGAAGUCAGUGUGUUGUAAAGGUGUCAUGCCAGCAGUCGGAGCGGUGCGCGCCGGAGCGUGGAGCUCUCUGGAGGAACAGGCGUUCAUGCUUCUGACAGAGACGGAGAGACAGACCAUGAGUUAUUACAUUCAGGAGUACCAGCGCGCACACAUUGGAGUAGAGCCUCUGGCCAUGGCCCUGUUUGAACUCUUCAACACACAUGCAAAGCUGUCAUUGCUGGCUGAGGUGCGAACUCUGGUCGCUCCGCAGGAUCUGGAGCGCUUCGAUGGGCAGGUGCUACUUCGGGAGAUGGAGGCGUGGAGAGCUCGACACGGAGGACAAGGGCUCCUCCACCCGGACUCCAUCUGCAUCACUCAACCAGAGGGCCUUGUUCCUUCUCCUGCCUGCCAGAUGAACACUGCAGGCUCCGGCUACAGCAAGAGUGAGUGCAGAUUAGAUGGGAGUUUGAUGCCACUCGAGACUCUGAAUUCUCUUCCCGACGUUGCUCUGGACAAGGUGCAGGUGUCAUCCGAGUCGCCACCGUCAUUCAAGCCUCCGCCUCCACCGAUAAGACACGCCAGCCCUAAGACUCAAACCAAACGGCCUUCGUCCAAACUGUCCCAAACCAACCUGUUCUUUACCGCCCCCUUCAGGCGGCAUCAGGAAAACCACACUCUCAAUCACUCUCAUUUGUCCUGUUCUUCUCACACGUCCCCGUGCACCAUCCACCACACCACCUCCCCCUGUUCCAUCAGCCACACUCCUCCACCCUGCUCCCACCAUCAUAGCUCUCCACGAACAUCGUCAUAUCACUCCAGCCCUUCCUCUGGCCGAGAUCUGGUUCAGUUCCUGAUGAACAGGCAGGCAGGGACGCUCUCCCCACACCCUGAGUCUCCAAAUCGCUCUCGAGACGGCACACCGAUGAUCUCUCCCCGCUCCUCUCCUUCCCUUUCGCCUUCACUUCUGAUGCCCGCACCGCCCCCCUGCAGCCCAGAGAGGCUAGACGGCUCUCCCUCUACACACAGCUGCGGCCCACAGCAUGCUGAGCCCGAGACAACAGAGGACAGACCACAACCCCAGCUGAGAGGAGCCACGCUGUCGCAGCUGUCAGACAGUGGACAGACUCUAAGUGAGGACAGUGGAGUGGAUAUCGCUGAGGCUGGAGGGUUGAGUAAGGACAGCAGCCCGAGACCUGGAAAACCCCCCUUUCAGCAGUUCAUGGGGGACACUCGCAGAGCUGAAGGGCUCGCACAGGCAACCGCUAAACAGAUGGGAAUGAUGGAGCCUAUACUUGUACGGGUGCCCAAGUGUGCCAGUACACUGGGCAUUGCUGUUGAAGGGGGUGCCAACACCAGACAGCCUCUGCCGCGCAUUGCGACAAUACAGAAGGGGGGCUCUGUGCAUCUGUGUGGACAGUUACGGGUGGGACAGGUGAUUCUGGAGGUGAACGGUGUCUCGCUUAAAGGCAUGGAGCACCGGGAUGCCACUCGGCUCAUUGCAGAGGCAUUUAAGACCAAAGACAAGGACCAUGUGGACUUUUUGAUCAUGGAGUUCAACUCUGCUCUGUAGAUGUUAUCCCUGGAGAGUUCUGAUUGCAGAGACCUUGCACUUUACGUCACGUCCGCACAGAGGAGCCCAUGAGUCACGCUUGUCAUUUCUAAUGAGUCACAAUUAGCUUUGAGUCAAAUCGCUGCAAAACGCCCACCUGAAGCCUGUGUUCACGCUAUAACAGCAGCAAACAGACAGCACUCGCUCACUGCAAACACCUGCUGUGCUCCAGAGGAGGAUCUGCAAAGCCAGGGCUGAGGGCCAGAUGAUUGAUAGGACGAGAUCAGGGUCAUGUCAACUUUGGCAAAUCUGUGUCACUUUGUUUACAGUCUGUUUAAUGAACUAUAUAUACAGUUGAAGUCAAAAUGAUUAGCCCUCAUGAGUUUUUUUAAUCUAUUUCAAAUA